CAUUCCCAGUAGCGGUGAAGAGCGGAGGAACAGCGACAGUAGCUACAGAAAGAAGAAACGGAGCUCUGUGUCUAACAAAGUGGAGUUUUUUUUCCUCUCGGGAUGACUCCGUGUACUUUGGGACUAAUUCCCUCUCAGGGGAAGCCGUUAUGAGUGUUUCUCCCCCUGUGAUAUUCAUGUGAAAACGGGAGACAACGGGACUGACUGACCGGGGGAGCCGCCUGCCACUCACGGCCGCCUCUCCUCUCAUCACUUGCGGCUUGCUUCUCACGGACUAGUCGCCGGGUUUAGCAGCCUUUUGGAGCGGUCGAAAAAGUUACCAUGUUUAAUAAUUGAACUUCUUAUUUGAUUCUACAGCGGCUGAGAUGCCGCCUGGGGGGGUGGAAGCUGUUUUCAUCCCAUAGACUGGAAGCGGUUUGCAUCCCGUCUGUCUGGAUCUGUAACACCGCUCCUGGACAUCCUGUCUCACUAACUGACCGAGCUUAUCUACCUAUGAAACACCCGAGUGUAUAAUGGAGUACAGCCAGACGUUGGUUCCCCUACUGGUUUUAUUUGCACUCACAACUUUGGCAUAUGGAUCUCGACCCAGGCUAGAGGAUGCGCCGCCCCGCAUCGUAGAACACCCAUCUGAUCUGAUCGUGUCCAAGGGCGAGCCGGCCACCCUCAACUGUAAGGCCGAGGGACGGCCGACUCCAAUGGUGGAAUGGUACAAAGAUGGUGAGCGCGUCGAGACAGAUCGGGAGGACCCUCGAUCCCACCGGAUGCUCUUGCCCAGCGGCUCCCUCUUCUUCCUGCGAAUUGUACACGGGAGGCGAAGCAAACCCGACGAGGGCAUCUAUGUGUGUGUGGCGCGCAACUACCUGGGCGAGGCUGUCAGUCGCAAUGCAUCGCUGGAGGUGGCAAUUCUUAGAGAUGACUUCCGUCAAACGCCUAGUGAUGUGGUGGUAGCAGCAGGUGAGCCGGCCGUCAUGGAGUGUAUACCCCCCCGAGGCCAUCCUGAGCCCACCAUCUCUUGGAAGAGAAACAACAUCCGUGUCAAUGACCGAGAUGAGAGGAUCACUAUGCGAGGAGGCAAACUGAUGAUUUCCAACACCAGGAAAAGUGAUGCUGGCAUGUAUGUGUGUGUUGGGACCAACAUGGUUGGAGAGAAAGACAGCGAUCCCGCUGAACUGGUGGUGUUUGAGAGGCCAGUGUUCACCAAGCAGCCGGUGAACCAGGUGGUGCUGGCAGACGAUACGGUGGACUUCUUCUGCGAGGUGCAUGGGGACCCGACUCCGACUGUCCGCUGGCGGAGAGAGGAGGGAGAGCUGCCCCGGGGCAGGUUUGAGAUCCGCAGCGACAACAGCCUGCGUCUGACUCAGGUGCGUGGUGAGGACGAGGGCACUUACACCUGCGUGUCAGAGAACAGCGUGGGCAAAGCAGAGGCAUCGGGCACCCUGCAAGUGCAUGUCGGCCCAUCCAUGCCCCCUCAGAUCGUGGUUCGGCCGCGAGACCAGAUCACCGCUCCGGGUCGCACCGUAACCUUCCUCUGUGGCACAAAAGGAAACCCUCCGCCAGCCGUCUUUUGGCAAAAAGAAGGCAGCCAGAUCUUGCUGUUUCCCAUCCAGGAGCCGUUACAGUCGGGCCGAUUCUCUGUGUCGCUGAGCGGCGAGCUCACCAUCGCCGACGUCCAAGUGGAAGACUCGGGCUAUUACAUCUGCCAGGCCAUCAGCGUGGCCGGCAGCAUCCUGACCAAAGCCCUGCUGGAGGUGGAAAGUGCGCCUUCGGACCGCGUCCCGCCGAUCAUCCGCCAGGGGCCGGCCAAUCACACGUUAGCUCCCGGUUCCAACACUCAGUUGCACUGCCACGUCAUGGGCAACCCCAUCCCCAGCAUCCAAUGGGAGAAAGACGGCCAGAGGAUCCUGGGAAACGACGGCCGUGUCAGCUUGAUGGAAAACGGCACCUUCCAAAUCACCAAUCUGCAGGAAACGGACUCUGGGGUUUACACCUGCGUGGCUUCCAGCUCCAGUGGAGAGACGAGCUGGAGUGGAGUGCUCACAGUCAAAGAGAGUGCAGACCCAUCGGUAGCCCAGGCCACUGAGCCCUUCCAGUUGCCAGGUCCGCCGCACAAACCCAUAGUCACAGACGUGUCCAAGAACAGCGUCUCUCUGACCUGGCAACCCAACGCCCACGAGGGAGGAGCCGCCGUCACCUCAUACAUCAUCGAAGCCUUCAGCCAAUCAGCAGGCAGCACAUGGCAGACUGUAGCCGAUAUGGUCAAGAUGGAAACGCACACAAUCACCGGCCUCCUCCCCAACACCGUCUACCUGUUCAUUGUCCGAGCUGUCAAUGCAUACGGCCUGAGCGACCCGAGCCCCAUCUCUGAGCCCGUCAGAACACAAGAUGUGAGUCCUACGGGUCAGGGAGUGGACCACAGGCAAGUACAGAGGGAGCUGGGAGAGGUGGCCGUCCAGCUGAAAGAGCCGCUUACCCUGACAACAACCUCCAUCCGAGUGUCCUGGACUGUUGACCGUCAGUCUCAGUUCGUCCAGGGCUACCGUCUCUUCUACCGCCCCAGUGGGGGAACCUGGCUCCUCCUGGACAUCAACUCCCCCUCAGAACGCAGCAUCGUCCUCCCCAACCUGCUCAAGGGAACCGAGUACGAAAUCAAGAUCCGUCCCUAUUUCGAUGAGUUCCAGGGAAAGGAUAGCCGGACGUUACUGGUUCGGACUCCAGAGGAGGUCCCCAGUGCCCCACCCAGAGCUGUCACAGUGGCAACAGUGAAGCUAAGCAACAGCUCCAGCAUCAGCGUCUCCUGGGAGCCUCCACCCAGCGAGAUGCACAACGGCGUCAUCCAGGAGUACAGGGUUUGGUGCGUGGGCAGCGGCGGUGACAACCAGACACGCUACUACAUCAACAAGACGGUGGACGGAAACACGCUGUCCACAGCGCUGAAAGGCCUGAUGCCCGGCGUGCUCUACCAGGUGGAGGUGGCGGCGGUGACCGGCGCCGGAAUCGGCACCCGCAGUCAGCCGGUGUCCAUCCUCAUCAAGCUGCCAGCUGAGCAGCCAUCCAUGCCAGGCGGCGCCGGCGACAGCAGCGAGGAGGGCAGCGUGAGUCUGGCCGAGCAGAUCACAGACGUGGUCAAGCAGCCGGCGUUCAUCGCGGGCAUCGGUGGAGCGUGCUGGGUCAUCCUCAUGGGCUUCAGCGUCUGGAUCUACUGCCGGCGCAAGAAGAGGAAGGAGCUGAGCCACUACACGGCCUCCUUCGCCUACACACCAGCAGUUGGUUUCCCUCAUGGAGAGGGAACAGGACUCAAUGGAAGGCCUGGCGUGCUGGGAGGCAGCAUGGGCAACUACCCGUGGCUAGCAGACUCUUGGCCUACCACCAACCUGGUCCACAGCGGUAAAGAGGCAGUCAACUGUUGCACCGCCAACCACGACACGGCUGAGAGAUACUACAAUGAAGCCGGUAUCUCCAACUACCUUAAUCAGACAGAGAAGUACAGCAUGGGCGGCUCCACCGAAGGUCCCAUCUACAGCACCAUCGACGCCACCAACGAAGACCUGCACGGCUUCACCUACGCCCAGCACACCUCCACGGCUCCCUACGCCUCCACCUCCAUUAUGCCUUUCACUAACCAGACGCAGGCGCCGGCCCACAGCAGCGAGCAGCAGGAUGGCGGGCACUGGAUCCCCCAACCGGGGCCCUCUGGAGCGCAGUAUGCCCAGCCGGACCGCUGCAGUGGUAAGCCCAAGCAGAAAGCGAUGGGUAAGGCUGUCAAGACCCCGUCCCUGACCUGGAUGGAGGCUUUGCCGCCACCUCCCCCCAUUGGAGAGCUGGAUCAUUGUGAGCCGGACAACCUACUUCCAGAGCACGAGGACAUGGACAUUGGCUCGGAUGAGGAGUGGUGUCCCCCCCUACCUGAGAGGACCUACCUGACUGAGGGCUGCGAGGAUGGACCCUCUGCCCCGCCGAGGAACGACUCCUCCCCAGUCACCUCCUACAGUCAUCAGUCAACCGCCACGCUCACCCCGUCGCCCCACGAGGAGAGCCGCGCCCCCCACGAGCUGCCCCGCCUCAGCCAGCCAGAUGGCCAGCUACUGUCCCGAAGGUUACUGUGCGGUCCAGUGCCAGUUCCCCAGGCGCCCGGCCCGCUGCUCACCCAGUCCAACCCCAACCUCUCCGGCCAACAGCAUCACUGCUCAUCAGAGUUUGGCACACUGCAGUGCCAAAGUCCUGCCCAUCGCUGCCUCCACAGCCAGGGGCCAGCUCUGAAUGAAGACAACGUCAGCGGCACUACACCCGUGCACAGUCGCUCCUCCCCAGCAGAUCCAUGCACUCCCCCUAACCAAAAAUCACGCGUGAAAAAAAAGGUGUCUAAGGGUUCAGCAUACAGAAGAGAUGUACAAGGAGACCUGCCCCCGCCUCCGGAGCCGCCCCCAGGGGAGGACCGGUUGCAGGGCCCCCAGGGCUGCGUGGAGGCCGGCAACGUGGCGAACGGCGCUCUGUCCUCCCUGGAGAGAAGCGAAUGCAGCAGCAGUAGCCACCAACGGAAAGGCUCGGGACAAAGACACACUGAGAAUGAGGAGAUGAUGGCGUACAGCAGCAAGGCCGGUUACCUUUCCAGGAGUCAGAUGUCCAGUAACUGCUCGACCACAGGAAGCUCCUCCUCCAGAGGCUCCACGGGCUCCCGGGGGCUCCACUCGGCCAGGAAACACAACGAGGAAAUGAGAUAAGGACACCAGUGACGCGCCGCCUCCGUCAUCCACCAUCUUUCCCCCGUGGACACAAAAAGCUGGACAAGAGGACACUUUUUGUGUUCCAGGAUACCAGACUCUGUCAGUUGCUGUGAAAGAAAGCUACAACGAACUUUACAUCAUGUUUUUUUUUUUUAUUCUUUUUUUUUCUUUUUUUUUUUUUGAGGGUAUUAGAGUAACAAUUAUUUAUGAGAAACAGAGUUCAUGCCUCUCCCAUGAUUUGUAAAUACC